AUGGCGCCCAAGGCCCCUGCGAAGGACACCUACUCGGUGAUCCUACCCACUUUCAACGAGCGCCAAAACCUGCCCAUCAUUACCUGGCUGUUGAACCGCACAUUCACAGAGAACAAGAUUAAUUGGGAGCUCAUCAUCGUCGACGACGGUUCGCCCGACGGCACGCAAGACGUGGCCAAGCAGCUCGUCAAGGCCUACUCACCGCACGUCAUCCUGCAAACCCGCACAGGCAAGCUGGGACUGGGCACCGCCUAUGUGCACGGCCUGCAGUUUGCCAAGGGCAACUACAUAAUCAUCAUGGACGCCGACUUUAGUCACCACCCCAAGUUCAUCCCGCAGAUGAUUGCGACGCAGAAGAAGGGCGACUACGAUAUCGUCACGGGCACACGAUACGCCGCCGACGGCGGCGUCUACGGCUGGGAUCUCAAGCGCAAGCUGACAAGCAAGGGUGCCAACAUCUUCGCCGACACCGUCCUGCGCCCCGGCGUCAGCGACCUAACGGGAAGCUUCAGGCUAUACAAGCGCAGCGUGCUGGAGAAGCUGUUCGAGAGCACCGACGUGCGUGGAUUCAGCAUGCAGAUGGCGCUUGCGGUCACGGCGAAGGCAAUGGGCUUCACGAUUGCAGAGGUGCCGAUUACCUUUGUAGACCGUGUAUUUGGCGACUCGAAGCUGGGGGGAGAGGAGAUCGUGGAAUAUGCCAAGGGUGUCUUCUCUUUGUGGGCGAGAGUUUGA